CUUUGGAAGAGGAAACAUGAGUUUAAGGAGUUACAUCUCUUUGUUUUUGCUGGUUUGUGGUGUGACGUCGGUCGUGGCGGUGAACAGAUCUUGUGAGCUCUAUAGUGAAACAAGCUGUGAUGCUUGUUUGAAAAAUUCUUCGUGUCUGUGGUGUAUAACGGGAAAGAAAUGUAUCACAUACCCUCCAGGAAUGAUUCUGCCCUCCCACAGUCUUUGCCCACUAAAUGAUGCGCGCUGGGGGCUGUGUGCAAUUAACUUCCAGGGCCUGAUCAUUACACUGGCAAUGCUGGCUGCAGCUCUCAUAAUUGCCUUCUUCAUCUGCCUCUUCUGGUACUGUAGGUGUGAGAACUGCAGAGCUUCAAUGCGUGAGAAGAGAAAGCAGCGACAGGAAUCCAAGAGAAGUACUCUACGGGAACAGAGGAAAGCUGAGACGAUGGCCAGACAUGGUGAAAUUCAGCAAAAAUAUGGUCUUUCAGGUCUUCGUAAGGCGAGCACUUACUCUAAGUUUGAAAACAUUUAAAGAGACCUACUAUUGGAGCUUCCACAUUUGCCAUUGUCCACUUGAACAACCUCAUC